AAAAAACUAAAGGCACUCAGCGUUUUUGUCCCCAAUUGAGCUGAUUGAGCUUCUCCUAGACCCAGUCUGCUCCUCAACGAAAUUCAAAAACCCCAAAAAACCCUUCUCCUUUCAUCGAAAUCUUUGAUUUUUCCUCAACUGGGUUCUGGUCUUUUGGGGUCGAAUUUCACGAGGAAUUCCUUAAAAUUUGAGCUUGAUUUUGAAGGUCUAGGGUUGUUUCAGAUAUGGGAAGUAGAAAAGAAGAAGAGAGGAAUGAGAAGAUUAUAAGAGGUCUCAUGAAGCUGCCUCCGAAUCGACGUUGUAUUAACUGCAACAGCUUGGGUCCGCAAUAUGUUUGUACCAAUUUUUGGACUUUUGUUUGCAUGACUUGCAGUGGGAUACAUCGUGAGUUUACUCAUCGUGUGAAGUCCGUAUCGAUGUCUAAGUUUAGCUUGCAAGAAGUUGAAGCACUUCAAAAUGGGGGUAAUCAGCGUGCAAGGGAAAUAUAUCUGAAGAAUUGGGAUCCACAAAGGCAAAGAUUACCUGAUAGCAGCAAAGUUGAUAAGGUCCGAGAGUUUAUAAAGAGUGUGUAUGUUGAUAGAAGAUAUGCUGGAGGAAAGACAUCUGAGAAACCUCCAAAAGAUAUGCAGGGCCUAGGAAGUCGUGAAGAUGAGACCAGGCGUGCCAGUUCUUAUCAUUCUUAUUCCCAAAGUCCACCUUAUGACUAUCAAUAUGAAGAUCGGCGUUAUGGAAAGCAAAAUGCUUCACUUACCAGGAAACCUGGUUCAGAUAGAGGCCACUAUGUUGGGAAGAUCUCAAGUUUUGUCUACAGUCCUGGUCGGAUGAGUGAUCAAAUGUUUGAGGACAGGUUUGCUAAUGAGGGCUCUGGUUCUAGGGUUUCUGACUUCUCUGUGUCUAGUGGAGGUGAUCCAUUCAGGUCUGGUACAGAAUCUCCUAACUUUGAGAAGGAUAUGGGAUUUAACAGCCCACCUGUUCAGCCUUCAAGGGAUAUUUCAUCCUCAAUGGCAAAUUUCAGGAGAGAAGUAGAUGGCAUUCCACGUCCACAGAGAACAACAUCCUUGGGAAGCUUUGGAUCAUUUGACAGCAACUCUGUGUCUCUCAAGUCGUAUAAUUCAGGUAGCUUUUUAGAUGUUGUCUCAGAACCCGAACAAGCUGCUGUAGCCCGCCAGGAUAAAAUAUCCACUGUCGCACAACCCUCUGGUCCAGUGAAUUAUGGUGGCUUGGACCUUUUUCAGGCACCGGUUGUAGAAGAAUCAGUAUCCUCUGCUGCUCCAAUUGAUUUGUUUCAGCGACCAGCAACAUCAACUCGUGUGAAUGUGUUUCAAACGUCACAAGCAUCUUCUGCUCCAUCUGUCAAUUUUCAUCAGCCUCCCCAAACUGCACCUAAAUCUUUAGAUUUCUUUGAUAUUCCUGAGCAGUCAUCCACUUCAACCUUGGAUAUAAAAUCUCAGGAGUUUUCUGAUCCAAAAAAUGAAGGAUGGGCAACAUUUGAUACACCACCUACAGCAUCCAUUCCAAAAAAUGAAAGUCUUUCCCCUCCUAUAGUUCCUGUUAAUGGAGUUUCUUUAGUCAAAUUUGACCAACAUACAUCCGUCAAUACAACUUCUCAGUGGCCAACAGUUCUAAAUUCUGGUGCUCACCCUCCUACCCCAUCUGAUCUGUGGUUUGAUGGUUUAAACAAUGUUCAAGCUCCCACUAUGGCUACUAACACUCAGUCAUGGAAUGCUUUCAAUGAUUCUACCGGCCAUCUUCCUUUGGAGGGAGUUGAGCAAAAUUUUGAACCACAAUUAGCAGCUAAUCAGCCUUCAUCAACUACAGAUCAGCAUUUCAACGACUCUAAUCAUGGUGGAAAUCACAGCGCUGUCUCACUACAUGGACCACAACCAAUGAGUGUACCGUCACACAUUGAUGUGGGGCCACUAUGUACACCAUCAGUGCUUCCUCUAGUGGGAGAGACACAAACACAGGCCACUGAUCUUAAAUCAACAAACCCGUUUGAUUUUCCUUAUGAUUCUGAUUUGGAGCAGAAGAAUAUGUUCUUGGACAUGAGCUCCUUGCAAACUGCACUCCCAAAUGCACAGUUAACAUCCACCUUCCUUGGUGGUGCAACUCAAUCAUGGUUUUCUCAAGAUCCAGUGACUCCUUUUAUCCCUGCAGCAUCACAGGGUGGCUUUGCCUACAUGUCUGGACAGGCACCAACCCCUCAAUUACAGAAUGUCCCAGCACAAGGGCCUGUUGCUUCUGUUGGAGGAAAUCCAUUCGCUUAGAAUUCCUCCGGCAAAACUUGUGUUCCGACUAUGUCAAGUUGGUAGUGAAAAUUUUCUUGUGACUAAUUGUAGCGUGUUAUUUAUUAC